CUUUGGCCAUGGCUGAGGUGAAUGGACCGGGGCCCCUGGUGGCCGAGCCGCAGAUUGCCAUGUUCUGUGGGCGUCAGCUGCUGCACAUGAACCCUGAGACUGGCCAAUGGGAGCCUGACCCGCAGGGCCGCCAGGGCUGCUUCACAGAGCCCAACCAGAUCCUGUCCUACUGCCAAGAGAUGUACCCAGCCCUACAGAUCUCCCAUGUGGAGGAGUCCUCCAGCCCCGUCACCAUCCCAGCCUGGUGUAAGAAGGGCUGGGGCCACUGCCAGACACGCCCCUUCAUCGUCAUGCCCUACCGCUGCCAGGUGGGUGAGUAUGUGAGUGAAGCCCUGUUGGUUCCAGACCGAUGCCGUUUCCUGCACCAGGAGCAGAUGGAUGCCUGUGAGAGCUACGUCUACUGGCACAACAUAGCCAAGGAGGCRUGCACAGCAGACGGUCUGGAGCUGCAUAGUUAUGGGAUGCUGUUGCCGUGUGGCGAACGUUUCCGUGGGGUGGAGUAUGUGUGCUGCCCAGGGAGGGGCGGGUCCAGUGGCAGGGGGGAGACRGAGGGAGGGGACGUUCUCCCAGCAGGACCCCAGGCCCUCACCCCUCAGGUCAAAGUAAACACAGGAGUCAAAGUGACAACACCCACCACAAGCCCCUCUCCUGACACCGAUGUGGAUGAGGCAGACAUGAAGGAGGAAGACGAUGAGAUGGUGGAAGAGAAUGAGCAGGUGGUGGAAGAGGAUGAGGAGGAGGCAGUAGAGGAUGAUGAUGAGGAGGAGGAGGAGGAGGAAGAGGAGGAGCAGCAGCAGGAGGUUGCAGAAGCAGCAGCAGUGAAAGACCCAGAGGAGUAUGAGUACUCCAUUGACUCUGGCCCCUACCAGGCUUCUGACUACACAGACUCCUUCUACUAUGAGAAAGGCCAGGGUCAGGCUGGUCGCAACCCCUCCACAUCCCCACCCCAGACCAGGGGAGACAGCCUACCCACCCCUCGCUCCACAGAUGGUGUGGAUGUUUACUUCGAGAUGCCAGGGGACGACAGUGAACACGCCAACUUCCUGCGUGCCAAGAUGGACCUGGAGGAGCGGCGAAUGAAACGUAUCAAUGAGAUCAUGAAAGAAUGGGCUGAGGCUGACAACCAAUCCAAGAACCUGCCCAAGUCUGACCGCCAAGCCCUUAAUGAGCAUUUCCAGUCUGUGUUGCAGACUCUGGAGGAGCAGGUGGCAGGGGAGAGACAGAGGCUGGUGGAGACCCACCUGGCCCGCGUGGUGGCCACCCUCAACAACAACCGCAGACUGGCCUUGGAGAGCUACCUGACCACCGUGCAGGCAGAGCCCCCACAGCCGGAGCGGGUGCUGCAGGCUCUGAAGCGAUACAUGGCAGCAGAGCAGAAGGACCGCAGACACACUCUGAGACACUACCAGCACAUUGAGGCCGUCGACCCCCAGAAGGCUGAGCAGAUGAAGUUCCAGGUCUACACCCACCUCCAUGUGAUUGAGGAGAGGAUGAACCAGAGCUUGGCAUUACUCUACAAGGUCCCUGCCUUGGCUGAGGAGCUGCACGAUGAUAUCCAGGAGCUGGUGAAGGCGGAGCGAGGAGACAUCAGUGAGCUCAUGACCACUUCCUUCUCUGAGACACGCACCACCGAGGAGCUGCUUCCUGCUGAGAGUGAGGAGGAGAAGGAUGAUGAGGAGGAGGAGGAGAGAGCCUUCCAGAACAGGCCCUACCCACCCCGCAUUGACCCACAGCCCAACACUAAGAAAGCCUCUACAGACGAGUAUGACUAUGCCACAUCUGAGAGAAGCCCCACGUAUGAAUAUGAGGAGAAAAUUAACACCUCUGUGGAGCUCAAGCACGUGGUCUACAAGUCUCCUGAGAUCCAGACAGAUGAACUGCAACCAGACGCCCUGGAGACGUUCAACCGCGGGGCCAUGGUGGGGUUGCUCGUGGUUGCCGUGGCCAUCGCCAUGGUGAUGGUGAUUAGUCUGUUGCUGGUGCGCAGGAAGCCGUAUGGCACCAUCAGCCACGGGAUCGUGGAGCAGGUUGACCCCAUGCUGACCCCAGAGGAGCGCCAACUAAACAAGAUGCAGAACCACGGCUACGAAAACCCCACCUACAAAUUCUUUGAGCAAAUGAACUGAGGCGGUGGGUGUGGCCUCCCGGUCAUGCCCAAUCACACGAUGCGCUCCCUUUCCUUGCUUCCCCUCCUAGGGGCAGUCCCAGUCACACCCCCUAUGAUGUAUUAAGACGUAUCAUUACGACCAACACUUUAAUGUAACUUGACAAGCAAAUAGGGGGUAUAUYCCCCAAACCUCUGACUAACCAUGUCCCCACAUCAGUUUUUGGAAUGUAAACCAGUAACAGAGACGUAUUACCAACUGACCCAUCRUCUUACUCUUCUGGUCUAGAAUAAAGGGGUGGACAUUAAUGCCACAGUGUAACAAUCAUCUCCUUUGGAGAGAUUUACUCCUGUCUACUUGGAUAGGAAUGCCAUUGGCUUGAGUUGACCCCCUUAUUCUUAAUAAAAUMGAUUGYUAUUUGUCAGAAACUGACUCAAUGUUMAACKSUGCAUUUUGCUUUGUUCUGUAUGUCAUCUGUUUAUUCUUUAUUGGAUUGUGUUACAGCUCUGAUUCAUUAUWUUCCAGUUCAGAUAAAUGGUGUAAAAUGUGAACKAACAAUAUAGUAUAGCUGAUCUAAAACUCCACACAAACUAGUUCUCUAUCUAAAGCUACAAUGACUGACAUGAUGACCACCAAGCCAACCCCACAUCCAUGAGUCAAUGAAGGACAUCUUCUUUCAAAGCCAGGCACAGUUAUAAUGAAUGAAGCAGAGAUGAGGAGGUUGGGUUGGGAAUGUGAGGUGUUGAAGCUUGAUUAACUUAGUUGUUACUUAGGUAUUACUUACACCAACAUAUAUUAUCAAUCCAUAGUAAAAUGGGUUGGUGGUCUCUUGAUAUUCAGCCCAACCUCAUCCUUCAGUCUGUGGCAUCUGACAUAACCGGCACCCAGAGCCUAUUCCAUGUGAUGUGAACUAUAUAAUUGAACUAAUGUACCAAAUGUACCAUUUAAGUGAAUGACUGCUACCUAAAAAAAUUGUAACAAAGUGAUGAGAAGUCCAUUAUUUGAAUGAAAGCAUGCAGAUUUGGUGUAUGAUGCUACCGUC